AUGGGAAAUCAAUGUACAUCUGGUGACAAUGAUCCAUAUAUAAAUACCACAAAGGCUAUUAUAAUAAAUGAAGAGUUCAUUGAAGGAUAAAGACCUAUGAUAAGUUAAGAACAUAGUAAAUUCAACGAUGACGAUGCUAUUGUACAAUAUGAAUAAAUAAUGUCAAGGAUGUCGUCAUUAUGGCUGAUACAAAUUAUGGCAGAAAGUCUUUGAGUUAGAAUUAUAUGAAGUAGGCCAACUAUGUUCUUUAAGACAAUAUUCAAUUGAAGCUCUAUUAUUGUGUAAUUUGAUUGAAUAAUUUAGGGAUUGCCUACUUAAGGUACUUAAGCAGUAUUGUUAUCUAUAUAAACUAAAAAUCAAACUAUAACUACUAGAUAAGGAAUUGAUUUAGUAAUAAACAAUUAAACCAUUAGAUCUGUUUGAUUGAUCAUAGUGGAAGUAUGAGUGGAGAAAAGAUGAAUUUAGUAAAGAAAUCUUUAAAGCAUUUAUUAAGGAUGCUAUAACCUCAUGAUAGAUUGUGUUUAAUAGAAUUUGAUGAUCAAAAUUAUAGAUUGACUAGAUUGAUGAAAGUAACAUAAGAGAAUAUGUACAAAUUUUUGAUUGCUAUUGAUACAAUAGAAGCUAAUGGAUCAACAGAUAUUGGAAAUGCAAUGAAAAUGGCAUUAUCUAUCUUAAAACAUAGAAGAUUCAAAAAUCCUAUAGCAUCAAUAUUUUUAUUGUCUGAUGGUGAAGAUGAGGGAGCAGCAGGAAGAGUGUGGAAUGAUAUAUAAUCAAAGAAUAUUAAGGAACCAUUUACAAUCAAUACUUUCGGUUUUGGUAGAGAUUGUUGUCCAAAAAUAAUGUCUGAAAUUGCUCAUUUUAAAGAAGGUUAAUUUUAUUAUAUUUCUGAUAUCUAAAAAAUAGAUGAAUGUUUUUUUGAAGCAUUGGGAGGUUAAGCAUCAGUUAUUGCAUUUAAUACUCAUAUUACUAUAUCAUGCAAAAAAAAUACAAUUAAAAAAGUUUAUGGUGAUAAAUGGACAUUAAAUUUAUAAGAAUAAACAUUUUCUAUUUAUUAACCAUAAUUAUAAUUUGGAGUGAGAAAAGAUUUUAUAGUUGAGACAGCUGUUCCAUUAGGAAUGAUGGAUGAAAUCAUAACUGUAAAAAUGUAUACUGAUUCAGUUGAAACUGGUGAAAGAUUUACUAUUGAAUAAUUUAUUAAUAUAGUACCAAAUUUAGUAGCUGAAUAAAUUGUAUUUUAGUAUUUAAAUAUAUUUUAUCAUUAGGGAAGUAAUGUCUCAUUAUUAUAGAGUUUAAUCUGCUGAAAUUUUUAGAAAUGCACUCAAUUUUUGCUAUAAUUUAUAAUACUAAUAGGCUCAAUAAAGCAUUAUUGCAUUACAAUAAUAAAUCUAUUAAAUGAAUCUAAAUAAUCCUAUGGUUAAUUUAGUUUAUUUAGAUUUACAAUCAAGUUUAAGAUAUUGUGAUUAAAUGUAGAAAUCUUAAUCAUUUUAGGUUUUUCAAUUAAGAGGGUAGACAUUAUCUAACAUAAUUCUACAUGAUCCACAUGUAUUAAUAACCAAGAGGCAUUGAGAUUGUAUCCAACGAUCCAAAAAUGCAAGUGACAUGCGUUUAUUAGAAUGAAUUGCAAAGACAAUACAUUCUCUAAUUAAGACAAACAAAGAUGAAUAAUCCUGAUUAAUAUUAAUAUUGA